AUGGCAGGAACGCGGGGGAGACGACGCUCAACUAGGGUUGAUUACAAAGAAAAACAGGAAAAUAAUCUUGAAGCCGAUGUUAUAGACUCCUCAUCGUCAGAGGAAGAAUCUCCAGAAUCGAAGCCGGUCUGGCUCAAUGACGAGUACGUGGACGAGAAAUCAGACGUAGAGUUGAGUUCCGACGAUGAAAAUGAUGACGGUCUCGUAAACGAACUAAUUGACCAAACGGCAGAGUCGCGAAAGCAAAGUCAAGCUGAGGAUGAGAUCGAUGACGAAAGCGUCGACGAUUCGACAGUAUCGUUGAAACUCAGCAAGCUGCAUGAAUUCGUGAAACAAAGCCAAGUCUAUUCCGGGAUUAUAGCCGAGAACUUGUUGCAGCGCACGCAGGAAGCGACCGACGCCGUAAAGUCGCAGGACGGCGAGAAUCCUCCUCCCAGGAAGAAGAAGAAAAUCACAGACUUUUUUGGUAAGAAGGCGGAAACACGUUCGGAAGAUCAAUCGCAAAACCUUGCACAUGGUCAGCCCCAGCUGCUGAAAAACUGUUCACUAAAACUUUAUCAGCUGGAGGGGGUAAACUGGCUCAUCACCCUUUAUGAAAAUGGUUUGAAUGGGAUCUUGGCCGAUGAGAUGGGACUGGGUAAAACUUUACAAAGUAUCGCCCUUUUAGCAUUCAUUUACGAAAUGGAUACACGAGGACCUUUCCUCAUAGCCGCUCCCUUAAGCACUGUAGGCCAUUGGGUCAACGAGUUUCAAAGAUACGCGCCCGACAUCCCAGUAUUAAAGUACUACAAUACGCAGGGACAAGGCGAACGUCAAUCGAUGAUUAAGAAGUUUUUUAGGAAAACAGGUAACGAAGGCGUUGUGAUCACUUCAUAUGAGAUUAUAAUUCGCGAUAUAGACCUCAUUCUAUCUCACCAAUGGAAAUUUUUGGUUGUCGAUGAAGGUCAUCGUUUGAAAAAUAUCAACUGCAAAUUAAUCCGGGAGCUCAAGCGGAUCAACACUUCCAAUCGACUUUUGCUGACUGGAACUCCUUUGCAAAACAAUUUGGCAGAAUUGUGGUCAUUGUUGAACUUCAUUUUACCCGAGAUUUUCGCUGAUUUCGAGAUCUUUAAUAAAUGGUUUGAUUUUGGCGACGAUGACUUGAAAAGCUCGUCCUCAGGAUUGAAUAAGAUUAUCAAUGCCGAAUUAGAAAAAAAUCUAGUAUCCAAUCUUCACACUAUCUUGAAACCGUUUCUUCUGCGCCGUCUGAAAAGUGUUGUUUUGGCGGAUGUGCUUCCGCCGAAGAGGGAGUACAUUGUAAAUUGUCCUCUAACAAAGACACAGCGGAAAUUUUACAAAGCCGCGUUAGGUGGGAAACUCAAGCAGGCCGUUUUCAAGCAGGCCGUCAAGGAUUUUUUUACACUGAAUAGUUCCCACAUUGGAAAUGUGAGCCAUAGAUCUAUUCGCGAUUACAUCGAGUAUAAGCUAACAUCAAAAGACCAAGAUUCAGCCUCUGACAUAUUGAAGCAAAUGGACGAACUUUAUGAACAAAAUGUUCACAGAGAGUUGAGAAACAAGCGUCUUCAGAAUAUGAUGAUGCAACUGCGCCAGAUUGUGGAUUCCACGUUAUUGUUUUUCUUUCCCUAUAUGAAUGCCGAAGAUAUGACACUAAAGCAAUUGCUCAAAGUGUCAGGUAAGCUCCAAAUUCUGCAGCAGCUCGUACCAAAUUUGAUUCAGAAGGGCCACAAGGUGCUCAUCUUCACGCAAUUUGUCACAAUGCUUGACUUGCUACAGGACUGGUGUGAACUGAACGAUUUUGCAGCCUGUAGGCUCGACGGUUCAAUGAACAACGAGGAACGGCAGGAACAGAUAAACUUGUUUAAUGACAAGAAGCGAAGUUACAGCGUUUUUUUAAUUUCUACUCGUGCCGGUGGCCUGGGAAUCAAUGUCAGCUCUGCAGAUUCUGUGAUAAUUUUCGACAGUGAUUGGAAUCCGCAGGUAGACCUUCAAGCCAUGGAUAGAGCUCAUAGAAUAGGCCAAUCCAAACCUGUCAUUGUUUAUCGCUUGUGUUGCGACAAAACUGUGGAGCACGUCGUGCUGACUCGCGCUGCUGGUAAGAGAAACCUAGAGAAAAUGGUAAUACAAAUGGGAAACUUUACUACUCUGAAGAAAAUGGCUAAAGGUGAAAGAGGGCUGGCAAACAUACCGGGUGCCACCUCUAGCUCUUCUUCAAAUAAAGAAUUAGUGAAUGAGCUUUCUCAGCUUUUACUAACAGGUUCAUCAAGUCUAGAUUUUCAAGGACAAAAAGACGAGGGCAAAUUAACGGACGCCGAACUCGAAGAACUGACCGAUCGAUCACAGAAGGCAUACCGACUCGAUAGAGAUCUAAGCCAACACCCUCAUAUCAAGUUAUUCGAGAGCAGUUCUAAGCUUGAAUAA